CGAACUUUCCAAUUUUUGUCGCUCUGUGCAUUUUGACGUACUGUACCUAUUUACUUGCGUCAGAUCAUGACAGAGUAACAGUCACAUAAGAAAACGUUUUUAUUUUAUACUUAUGACAUCGCGACUAAAUUAGAUUAUCGAACUUUUGCAGCUUCUGCUUAGCUUUCGCGUGCGGUGUGGCAACCCUGAUGUGUUUUGGCCGCCAAAACCGAAACGCUAAUGAAAGGUGGUUCUUUUGUGGGAUAUUUUACGGACACACGAAAAGUUUUUCCGGGGUAACUAAUACGAACGUGUAAAGUAUCGCGCAUAUAAUGUUGGCAGAUAAAGCACUCGAUCUUAUUAAGGAACUCCGUAGAUCUCCCGACUACCUUCAGCCACUUAGGGAGGAUACUAUACGUGAAAUUUUAGAAGAAAUGGCUAUUCUCUUCCGAGAAAAUCAACAGGACGUUGACGCCGCCGUGAACUCCGAUGUAGAACUUCACACAACAAUUCACGUGAGGCACAUUAUAUUGACCAGAAUGAAACGAUGCCUGCUCGCUUACCUCCACAACCGUCUCAUGCACAUCAAAGAAAUGAGGUGGGCGUUUGGAAGUGUUCUCACCUCAGACGUGAAGGCUAACAUGUCUGAGCAAGAGCAACAAUGGUUUCAAAAGUACAGCAGCAACCUUACAAACUACAUGUCAUCUAUUGGUGGAGGAGUGGGCCUUGAUCUUACCAAAUACCUCCACCCUCCCAAGUCACUGUAUGUACAGGUUCGUUGUCUUUCCGAUUACGGUGACUUUGAAACCGAGGAUGGAAGCAUCAUAAACCUCACCAAGAACAGUACACAUUACAUGGAACGAUCUCAAUGUGAAAAGCUCAUCCACCAAGGCAUCUUGGAACACGUCACUUAAAUGUACACAUUGGAAAGUACGAAUAAACUCUAAUUAGUUUCCGAAAA